AGCGCGGGGACGACCUAUAGCGGCGCGGCUGGGGAGCGCUCAGUGUUUCGGUUACGCCGCGUGGGGGGCGGCAUUCCUCCCGCGGAGCGAAAGCGUUACGCUGAGCGUAAGCGGCAGCCGUCAGCCCGUACCGCCGCCUCGGCCAUGGGGCAGCCGCGGUCCUCCCGGGAGCGCUGCUCCUGCAGCAACACCAACUGCGUGGAGCGGCCCCUGACGCGGCUCUUCGAAGCGCUGGGGCGCGUCGUGGCCGCCUGCCCCUGGCCUUUCGUGCUGCUGCCGCCGCUGCUGUCGGCCGGGCUGGGCGCCGGCUUCAUCUUCCUGCCGGGCCGGCAGACGAACGACAUCGAGGGUCAGUUCACGCCGACGGGCGGGCCCGCCAAGGCCGAGCGCGACUUCGUGCGGCGGUACUUCCCCACCGACGAUUCGGAGCGCUUCUCCGCCGAGCGGCUGCCCACGGAGGGCGCCUACGCCGCGCUCAUCGCCGUGGCGGCGAAGGACGACGCCUCGGUGCUCGAGCGGGCGGCGUGGGACGAAGUGCUGCUGCUGGACAACAAGGUGCGCGACGCCGGCUACGAGCGGCUCUGCGCCCGCAGCGGCGGCACCUGCGCCAGCGCCAACCCGCUGCUGCAGCUGCUGACCCACACCAACGGCAGCGCCCUGCCCGAGCUGCCCGAGCUGCCCUUCCCCGGCGGCGGCGGCGGCGGCGACGCCUUCCUGGGCACCGCGCUGGGCGGCGUGCGGACGGACGGCAGCGGGCGCGUGGAGCGGGCGCGGGCCGUGAAGCUGAUGUAUUAUCUGCGGGAGGACGGCGGCGCGGCGGGCGAGAGCCGGGCGUGGCUGGAGACGUUCCUGCGGGACUUCCCGGCGAAGCUGCGGAAGCUGAACCUCACGGCCGUCGAGGUGACGUACUUCACCUCGUUGUCCAGACAAGAGGAGUUUGAAGGAAACACCAAGAGCGUGAUCCCGCUCUUUUCCAUCACGUACUUCCUGACCAUCACCUUUUCGGUCGUCUCUUGCCUGAGGCUGAGCUGUGUAAGAAAUAACAUCUGGCUUGCAUGCUGUGGAGUGCUUUCCUCCGGUUUAGCUGUAUUAAGCAGCUUUGGAUUGAUGCUGUACUGUGGAGUACCGUUUGUGGCAACUGUAGCAAAUGCUCCAUUUCUUAUUCUUGGAGUUGGUGUGGAUGACAUGUUUAUCAUGGUCUCUUCCUGGGAGCAAAGCUCAAGCAAGGCAGACAAAUCAGACACGAAAUCUCGCCUGGCCGAGACUUACAGCGAAGCAGCACUUUCUGUGACAAUCACCACUCUCACGGAUGUCUUGGCCUUCUUCAUUGGCACCUGGACUGCUUUUCCUUCUGUGAGGUCAUUCUGCCUCUACACUGGCACCGCCUUUGUCUUCUGCUAUGUCUACGUUAUUACCUUCUUUGGGGCAGUUAUCGCGUUAAAUCAUAGAAGAGUGAAAGAAAACCGACACUGGUUAACUUGUGUGCAAGUGAAAGUAGGAAAGAAGUCCUGCUUGUAUAACGCGUGUUGUUUAGGCAGCUGUUCUAGUGAGGUGCCUGAGCCAGAAACCAGUGAGACAGAAAGCGAACAUCCCAUGAGCAUAUUCUUCAAAAACUAUUAUGGUCCUUUCUUGACAGGCAAAUGGAUCAAGCUUGUUGUGGUGUUGCUGUAUGGAGCGUAUUUGGGUGGCAGUAUUUAUGGAUGCACCCAGAUGAAGGAGGGCAUAGAUCUUCGAAAUCUGGCUAGUGAUGACUCUUACGUUAUUGCAUACUAUGACGACGAUGACAAAUACUUUUCCGAAUACGGACCCAGGGUCAUGGUUGUCGUUACUGAGAGCAGAAACUACUGGGAUGAGUCUGUUCGUAAUGACAUUGAGGCUUGCCUACAGGAUUUAGAGAACAGUACCUAUGUAGACAGGAACCUCUCGCUGUCAUGGCUGAGAGUAUACACAGGAAUUGCUGGAACUGGUUCAUUAAAUAUAAACAAUAAGGAUGAUUUCAUUAAUAACUUACCUGUACUAUUCCAGUACUCUCCCAGUUUUGAGUGGGACAUUCACAAGACUGCGGAAGGAAUAGCAGCUUCCCGUUUCUUCAUCCAGACAGUGAAUGUCACCUCAGCUGUUGACGAGAAAAAUCUGUUGAAUGAGUUGAGAGACAGAGCCAAGCAGUGUGUAGUUCCACUCAUGGUGUACCAUCCAGCAUUCAUCUACUACGACCAAUACCUGGUGAUAGUGCAGAACACCAUUCAGAAUGUUCUCAUCGCUGCUGGGGCGAUGCUCGUUGUCUCUCUUGUGCUUAUUCCCAACCCACUGUGUUGCUUGUGGGUGACUUUUUCUAUAGCUUCUGUUAUUGUUGGUGUUUCUGGUUUCAUGACAUUUUGGGACAUUAGCCUCGACUCCAUAUCCAUGAUUAACCUGGUCAUUUGCAUAGGAUUUUCAGUAGACUUUUCUGCACAUAUUUCCUAUGCCUUUGUUACGAGUGGAGAGUCAUCAGCCAAUGAAAGGGCAAUAGGAGCUCUGCACCAGCUUGGUUACCCAGUGUUACAAGGAGCAGUAUCUACUGUGUUAGGAGUAGUUGUCCUGGCUGCAGCAAAAACCUACAUCUUCAGAACGUUUUUUAAGAUCAUGUUUCUUGUUAUUUUGUUUGGGGCUCUUCAUGGUCUUGUGUUUAUUCCAGUAUUUCUAACCUUUUUUGGAUACUUUGGCAAAUCACUCCCCGUUACUGAAACUAAAAUGCUAGACCUUAGAUAUAGAAAUGACAAAGACCGUGCAUGACUAACUUAAAAGUUUACUGUUAUUUAUAUAUUAUAUGGAGAUUAAAAUGCAGCGACUUCCAGGGAAUGUAAGAAAUGAAGGAUGGAGUAAUACAACAGAGAGGCAAAGACUCAAGAAAAGUCAGGCAGUCCUGACUGCCUUAAGUCCUGUUACUUAAGUAACAGGAGAAGUGAAUGUGCACAGAAUUGGUUUGCAUUUCCUCACUUUUAUGUGUGCUUGACUUUGUAACUUUAAUGUUGUUAAACCCUUUUUUUUUUUGUUCUGUGUCUGAAUUGUUUACUGAAUGUAUUGAAACUGAAAUUAUUAUGAACACUAGAGAUUGUCCCAGCAUCAUGGACUGUUGCAGUUCAGUCAGGAAAUAUACAGAAGAGGCUACAGCAACCAUCAGUUUUGUGCAUUUCCUUGCUAUUUACCUUCAUGCAAUCACUUAACACUGAGCCUGAAGACAGUUUCCUCAAGAGGCUCGAACCUUGAAGUUUUAUAGCGAGAUGAUCAACAGGUGAGUACUACCAAAUACUGCAAUGGUUCAUAAAUGUUUGGGAGACUUAGUCUGCUUAGAUUCCUAGUGCAGCACGAGAGCCCAUAGGGAAGAGUAACUGACUCACAUUUUUUGUUCAAAUGGAUCUCUUCUUGCUAAGAUUAAACAGGUUGUAGCUUUAA